UCAUAGCGCUUAUAGUACAUGUAAAGUUUUUUUAAGAAUAAUUAUUGGAAAAUAAUUUUAAUAGAAAAAUGCCUUUUGUUGAAUUGAAAAAGUUGAUUGAAUUACAAAAUGAAAUAUCAAAAGUUCGUAAUAUUUGUAUAUUAGCCCAUGUCGAUCAUGGCAAAACCACUUUGGCUGAUUCUUUAGUAGCUAGUAAUGGAAUUAUUUCUCAAAGAAUGGCUGGAAAACUUCGAUAUCUGGAUAACCGUCCAGAUGAGCAAGAACGUGGGAUAACAAUGAAAAGCAGUAGUAUUUCUCUUUAUUAUCAAAACUUUCCUAAUAGUGACGAAUACCUAAUAAACUUAAUUGACUCUCCUGGGCACAUAGAUUUUUGUAAUGAAGUAUCAACAGCAGUUAGAUUAUGCGAUGGAGCUAUAAUAAUUGUUGAUGUUCUUGAAGGAGUUUGUCCACAAACUAGAGCUUGCUUACAACAGGUUUAUACUGAGAAACUAAAACCAGUAUUAUUGUUAAAUAAAAUUGAUAGGCUUAUAUUGGAAAAGCAAAUGUCACCUUUAGACGCGUAUGUUCAUAUUACUCAAGUAUUAGAACAGGUUAAUGCAGCAUUUGGAAAUAUAUUUGCUUCUGAUAUUUUAUCAAAAGAACAAACUACUUUGGAUAAGAAUUAUGUUUCAGCCUUAGAUGAAGUUGAUGAUUCGAAAUUGUAUUUUUCGCCAGAGAACAAAAAUGUUGUGUUCUGUUCAGCUUUAGAUGGUUGGGCCUUUACAAUCGAUGAUUUUGCUAAAAUGUACUCGCAACGUUUAAAUAUUGAACCGAAAGAGUUGGAAAAAGCAUUAUGGGGAGAUUAUUUUUAUAAUGCAAAGAAGAAAUGUUCUGUUUUGGGAGCCCAAGAAAAAGCAAAAAAACCAAUGUUUGUUCAAUUUAUUUUUGAAAACCUUUGGAAUCUUUAUGAUAUUAUAAUAAUAAGAAAAGAUAAAGAAAAACUACCUGGUGUAGCAGAAAAACUUGGGGUUAAAUUGCAAGCUAGAGAUUUACGCUUAACGGAACCAAGAGCUCAAUUAAAAAUUUUAUUUCAGCAAUGGUUACCAAUUGAUACUUCAGUUUUAAAAAUAGUUGUUGAUAACAUUCCAUCACCAAAAUGCAUUGAUGAAGAACGUUCGGAACAACUUCUUUGUUCGAGUAGUUACGAUUUUAAAAGUUUCCCUAUUCAAACACAAGAAUUAAAAAAACAUUUUGUCAACUGUAAUCCAAAAAGUGAAACAGUUAUUGCUUUUAUUUCCAAGAUGGUAGCAGUGGAAAAAUCAAAAUUGCCGGAGAAUAAACCUAAAAGGCUAACCCAAGAAGAAUUAGACAAGAGAAGAGAAAUUGCUAGGCAAAAAAUAUUAGAAAGGAAGCAACAGCAAGCAACGCAAGAAAAUGCUGAUUUGCAAAGUAUUGAAAAAGGAAUUGAAACGUUGGCGACUGAUGAUUCAAAAAAUAACACAGAAGUCGAAUCACAAAAAGAAACACUAGACGAUAAAAACGAUCAUGUAUUUAUUGCAUUUGCGCGAGUAUUUAGUGGAACUAUUAAAAAAGGAAUGAAACUUUUUGCUUUAUCGCCAAAACACAAUCCAAAAAUUUUAGAAGAAAAUGCCGAGCAAAUUGAUUUCCCAUAUGUUGAACAGAUUGUUGUGGGUGAUUUAUAUCUAUUUAUGGGUGGUGAUCUUGAGAGCCUUGAAGAAGUUCCAGCAGGAAAUAUAAUAGGAAUCGGUGGUCUAGAAAAUGCAGUUGUAAAAUCUGCAACUCUAAGUAGCAGUAUUUAUUGUCCCUCUUUUAGUGAAAUGAAUCAGAUGGCAAAACCCAUUCUUCGUGUUGCGAUUGAGCCUGUUAAUCCUUUGGAAAUGCCGAAAUUGUUGAAGGGCUUAAAAUUGCUUAAUCAAUCCGAUGCAUGUGUACAAGUAUCCCUACAAGAAACAGGAGAACACGUUAUAGCAACUUUGGGUGAAGUUCAUUUAGAAAAAUGUGUCAGAGAUUUGGAAGAGAGUUACGCUAAAAUAAAACUGAAUGUUUCCAAGCCAAUUGUUUCAUUUAGAGAAACUAUUGUACCCGAAGCUACGGUUGAUAUGGUUAAUGAAAUGAUUUUAAAAACAGAAAAGGAAGAUAUUUCAAAAAAAAUUAUCAACAUUCAAACUGCAAAUAAAUCGUGUUCAAUUGCUAUGUUAGCUUUACCAAUGCCUCAAAAAGUUACCGAAAUAUUGGAAGCAAACGUUGAUAUUUUUAAAAUUCUACUAGCUGUUACAAAAUUUAAUACUUUAUCAGAUAAACAAAUUCUGAUAAUAAAUCAGGUUAAAAACUCCUUGCAAACAGCAUUAAUCGACUUUAAAAUCAAUUUACCACAUGAUAAAAGUAAUUUAGUGAAUAAAAUCUGGUCAGUUGGUCCUAAAAAGAUUGGAACAAAUAUUUUAUUAAACUUGAGCGAUUACAUACAUUCAAAUUUUUGGAACCCAAGCAUUUCUAUUAGUAAAUCCAAUCAAGAGGAUGUCCGUAAGGAUUUCGAUUAUUCAUUUAUAAAUGGGUUUCAAUUGGCUACAGCAGCAGGUCCUUUAUGUGAAGAACCAAUGACAGGAGUUUGUUUUUUGAUUUUAGAUUGGAAAAUUGAUCCAGAAACCGAUUUUAAUUCUAAAACUUUUGGACCAUUUUCGGGACAAAUAAUGUCUGCUGUUAAGGAGGGCUGUAAAAAAGCAUUCCAGUUUCAACCUCAACGUUUAGUAACACCUAUGUAUAGUUGCAAUAUAGUUGUGAAUGCUGAUGUUCAAGGGAAAUAAACUGGACUUAAAGUUAUAACUAAAUAAAAAAAUAUAUAAUAAUUAUAAAUUCAUUUUUUAAUAAAAUUAAAAUAAAA